AAUUAAGUAAUGACACAUGAAGAGGACGAAACGCAUUCAUUUUUUUUAAAUUAGUGGGUAAAUUCAUAAUCGAAGUUGAACAUUGAUGUCAAAAUGCCGGCGGCCUUAACCAGAUAACGCUACUAAAUUAAGAAGCGCACAGAUAGUAUGUUUAUAAUCGGAUUGUUUAUCUCUUUUUACUUUCGUCGUGUUAUUCGAUAAUCGGGUCGCGAAUGAUGUCAUACUAAAACCAAGCUUAUUUUAAAUGUGACGUAGUGUUACACCUAUUUGCAAGCCGUGUCACGGACGUAGUAGUCGUGUGCUGGAAAAAAUAACCUUUUUACAUACGUUUAAGUGAUUUUCAACAGAAAGGAUCGAGGAUAACAUAAUAUAAUGUCGUUCUAUCAACACAAAACGGCAGGCUUCAACGCGCCGCCACCUCUCAACAACCAAAUGCGUCUUUACCACGUCGACAUGAACCCAUACGGGCAUCGAGUAAUGCUCAUUCUCGAAGCUAAAAAGGCUAAAUACGAAGUCUACCAAUUGGAUCCAUUGCAUUUACCCGAAUGGUUCAGAGAAAAGAACCCGAGAUUGAAAAUUCCCGUUCUAGAGAUACCAACAGACCAAGGGGAUAAAUAUUUAUUUGAGAGCGUAGUUAUAUGUGACUAUUUAGACGAGAGGUUUCCAAGGAACCCUCUGCAUUCCAAAGACCCUUACAUAAAGGCGCAAGAUCGAUUACUUAUAGAAAGGUUUAAUGAGCUCAUUAAAGGAAGCUUAGAAUGUUUUGACACAAACUUCGCAUUCGGCAGCGAACAGAUAAUACAAACAUUAGACGUAUUUGAGAAAGAGUUGGCUGCAAGAGGUAGUAAUUACUUCGGGGGCCAGCGGCCCGGCAUGCUGGACUACAUGAUCUGGCCGUGGGUAGAGCGCCUCUACCUACUGCGCUGCGUCAACGAACACAAGUUCGAUGAGAAAAGACCCAUGUUCCCUAACUUUGCGGAUUGGGGAGACCAGAUGCAGCUAGAUGACGUCGUGAAGAAGCAGUCAAGGUCACCUUCAGAAUACUUCGAUUAUUACAGAAACGCUAGAGCACAUUCGAUGGGAUAUUAUCUUUAAAUUUGUACAAUCUCCAUUGAUUGUCAUAUACGUUCAAUUUUAACUGAAGUCAAAAUUUAAAUAACAUUCGUGUUACCUCCCCUGCCUUAUCCUACUCCUGUAGACGCAAC